CUUUUGUAACAAAUUUCUUUGUUAAUUAAUAACCAUAGCCUAAUCCAACAAGACAAUAUAGAUUUGAUUAGCUUUAUGCUCAGACUUCUUUUGGCUUCUUUUUGUGUAAUAUUAUUGGAACAGAAAAAAUUAUGCAGAAUUUUAACAAACCUAUGUAACAGAUAGAUUAAAAUGGCAGCUGAUAAGUCAGCCCCGACAACAGAAGGCAAAAGGUCAGCAAGAGGAAAAAAGAGGUCUUCAAAGCUGCUGGAUGAUAAAGAUGAUGAUGAUGAUUCUAAAAGACCAAGACGUGCAUGUGAAAGAUCUCUUUGUCCAGCCAAAGUUCCAAUUUGUUUUGCUGGAGCCACAGACAGAUGUGCUGGUAGUUCAUGGACAUCACGAUGGUACCAUAUUUCACCAGGAGAACAUUUCUGUAAUGAAUGUUUUGAUCAUUACUAUAGAGUUCACAAAGAUGGUUAUACUACGUUCAGUGAUUGGAAGAGAGUAUGGUCAACACAUGGCAAAAACGAGCCAAAGUUGAUGUUGUUUUUUGCGGAUCAGAUGCUACCAUAUUGGGUACAAUGUACAGCUAAAGACUGUAAGAAGUGGAGACAACUUUCUAAAGAUGCUAAGUUUGAUACUGAACUGGUUCAAAGGUUUAAAUGUGGAAUGUCCUCUAGUGGUGUCAAGAAAGAAAAUCAAACUGGUGCAUGUCAAGUUUCACAAGACGCAAGAGUAGAUUUACCUAUGAAUCGAAGAUGGUACUCACAAGUCACAUCCGCUCCAUAUUUAUGGAAUUCUCCAUCUGCAACAUUUUUAACUGGAUAUUAUCCAGAUGGUGUCGGACUCAGUGUUUCGGAUCCUUCCAUUCGAGGUGUUCAAGAAGAUCCAUUAGCCAAAUAUCCUAAAGGACUAAUACAGCCAUUUACGAAUGAUGGAGAGUCACGGAGUGCUUUAAGUUUUCAUCCUGAUUUUAUAGAGACUGAAGAAAAUUAUUUACCUCAUUUAUCACUAGAUAACCCCACACUAUAUUUAGCUCUACGUAAUUUAAUUAUGUCACUAUGGGCAGGUAAUAUAAAGGAAUGGUUAACGGUAGAGAAAUGUAGUUAUAAUUUAUUAUGUCGAGGUUUAACACGAAUUAGAAUGGUAGAAGAUUUACCUUUAUUACUACAAUAUUUAACAUGCAAUGGUUUCAUCAACUCAGGCUUAUUAACAAUUCCAAGCAGUCUCCAUAUUUCUUCAGACAUUCAGAAAGAUGUUAUUAUAAUAGGAGGUGGUAUCAGUGGUUUAUCAGCAGCUAGAUAUUUACAUGAUAUGGGUGUCAAGGUAAAAGUAUUGGAAGGCAGAGAUCGUUUAGGUGGUAGAAUAUUUGAUACACAUCAAUUAGUUGAUUGUGUAGGACAAGGUGCUCAGUUGUUGAUAGGUCAAACAAAUAACCCUAUAUCAAUUAUAGCUUACCAGCUUACCAGAUAAUAACCAUAUAUCUAUUGGGUGGUCAAGUGCUUUAGAUCAUAAGUUCUGCCAUUGUGUCAAGUGGUGUGGUUUCGAUUCCAAGUAUGUACGUGAUCAGGAGUGGAAAGGGAUGGGGUUUAACAUCCUACUUUUCUGCACCGUCAGGUUAAUGAGCAUUGGCAUACGGCAUUGUCCAGAAAGCGGCACUACGGUCUACUCUUAAGUUGGCUUCUUUUACCUGCAUGCCAUGUAAACACAAGCUCUCAUGUUUUUACUCCCCUUCCAAAUGACUAGACACUGUUCCUUGCCAGGUCCUCCAUCCAGGACCUCCAAGUUAGAAAGCCAGUACCUUACCGAGUCAGUUGGAGCAGAACGUUCUGUUAAAUCCCAUUUCAUUUCAUUCGACCUUACCAAGUCACUGUGGCUCCAGUAGUAAGGAGUAGUCACCAUCCUCGUUAGUUUUCUCUUGGUCCUUCAGUUUCUUA